AUGGACGAAUGGUUCUUCUUGUUGCUCCACAUCGUGCUGUCCCGCCUGCCUCUCGAUCUUCGAUCCAUUCUUGAGAAGAGGUACGGCGGGGACAGCGCCUCCUAUAUUCCGCCUUUCAGGGACCUGCUGCGGUUCUUGGAGGAGAAGUGCUGGCAAAUUGAGAACGCAGCGGGCACCGUCGACGACCUACGGGUUGCCAACCGAGCCGUGCCCAGGGAGAGGUGGAAUCCACCCGGCAAGUCGUCGCCAACCCCCUAA